GACGAGCCGUCAGUCUACCGCCCGACUUCGACGCGACACAAUCGCCUCCUCGUCUGUGCUCAUUCACCAUUGUGCCAUACAUUUAGCUAAUGUUCUAAUAGAACUUUGUGUUGAUUUACAAAUUCUAUAACGAAAUGUCUACUCUCAGUCAUCACCCGUACGCGUUUUCCAUGCACCCUGGCAUGCUGCCGGAGUACCCGAGCGCGCCGCAGCCGCUGCCGGCAUCCUCGCCUCAAUCGGAAGGACACAUCAAGCGGCCGAUGAACGCAUUCAUGGUUUGGUCAAGACUUCAGCGUCGUCAGAUUGCGAAGGACAACCCCAAGAUGCAUAAUUCGGAGAUAUCAAAACGUCUUGGAGCCGAAUGGAAGCUCUUGACGGAAAUGCAGAAGAGACCGUUUAUCGACGAAGCUAAGAGGCUUCGUGCAUUGCAUAUGAAGGAACAUCCGGACUACAAGUACAGACCACGCAGGAAGCCAAAGCCGCCCACACCAGGCUCUGCCCCAGGUGCUGGCGCUUUCCCAAGCUUCCCACUUCCUUACUUUGCUGGCCCAGCACCGUCAGUUGGCCAUUUGGAUGCUCUGUCAUAUCCUGCGGUACCUCCGUACUUCCCGCAUCAACUGGACCAUUUACAGUUUUCAAAAUUAAUGGCCCCGACUGAAAAGUUACCGACGGCAUCGUCGGCUGCUGCUGUUGUGUCAUCGUUCUACUCAUCUCUGUACACGCAGCCUGCACCUCCGAAACCGUUCUCAUCACCGCUGUUUCAUCAAUACGGGGCAGCACCUUCCUCACCAGUGUCACCGGCGACUCCAACACAGCACAGCCCACACGACGACCAACUAAGACGGCCUGUUUCCGUUAUAUAUUGAAGGCCAACUUGCCUUCCUUGAAGGGCUCAAAUCUUUUAGGGUAUGGCAUCAGUGACAACGGUCUCAGUGUUUCGAGCACGGACGAUUAAAUUACAAAGACCUUAUUUAUUGUUGUCUAGAUUUACGCUUAGUUGAAAAUUGUAAAUCGAGUGUGUUUCAUAUCAAGUGGCUUGUAAAUAUGUUGAAAUUCUGCGAGCG